AUGGCUGGAGUCCGAACAGUGGCCACCAUCACGCUCCAUGAUCUUUUCAACUCGGAGAAGUUCGACCUCAAGGAAUUCCGCCGCUUGUUAGAAGUAGGAGUCGACUGGUGCUACAGAGAUAACUUGGAAUACAGAGGAGUCAUCUAUGCCACCGCGGACGGGUCCAAGCUCAAGAACGCCGGGCCCAAGACAGACAACAUGGAAAGCGGGGUCAACAUGGAAGAGUACAAGAAGAUUCCGGAAGGCUACACCAACAUUGUAGCCGCAUACCAUGUGCAUCCCGGACCCGGCGUCAUUGGGAAUUGCAAACCCUCGGGGCUGGACGAAGCGGACGGGAAAGGAGACAUGUCGAAUGCUCGCUCGACGUGGCCAGAAUGUUUCUACUUGGUCGUCACUGGGCGGAAGGAGCCCAAAGCCGGGUGGAAUUUCAGAGGCAGGUGCGAGAUUUACUAUCAAGGCACAACACCCAACAAAAAUGACUACCGUGUGUGGUACGUCUAUCCGAACUGGACAUGA